AUGACAGCGCCGUCGCGUGGGGGCGGAAUAGAGGGGAGAUGUCAUAUUUCCGGCUCAAUCCCACUUUCCUUCGGUUCACUGACCCAUCUUCACCUUCUAGACCUCUCUUCAAACUCCCUCUCAGGACCCAUUCCUCCUGAACUCGGCCGCCUCAAUUCACUUCAAUUCCUGUUCUUGAAUUCAAACAGAUUCACAGGUAGAAUCCCCCCACAGCUUGCCAAUCUUUCUUCACUACAAGUCCUCUGUCUCCAAGACAAUCUCUUAAACGGGUCGAUUCCUUCACAAUUAGGCUCCUUGGUGUCCCUCCAACAAUUCAGAAUUGGAGGCAAUCCAUUUAUAACAGGUGAAAUUCCACCACAAUUAGGCCUUCUCACCAAUCUCACAACGUUUGGUGCUGCAGCCACUGGACUCUCUGGUGUGAUACCACCCACAUUUGGUAACUUGUUCAAUCUCGAGACUUUAGCACUUUAUGACACAGAUAUAUUUGGUUCAAUACCUCCCGAAAUUGGGUUGUGUUCGGAGCUAAGAAACUUGUAUUUGCACAUGAACAAGCUCACUGGUUCAAUCCCUCCUCAACUGGGGAAGUUGCAAAAGCUUACUAGCUUGCUUCUUUGGGGCAAUUCGCUCACCGGGUCUAUCCCGGCCGAGAUUGCCAAUUGCUCAUCGCUUGUUGUGUUUGAUGUGUCAGCAAAUGAUUUUACUGGUGAAAUCCCGGGUGAUUUGGGGAAGCUUGUGGUUCUUGAACAGCUUCACUUGUCUGAAAAUACACUUACAGGUUUGAUUCCAUGGCAGUUGAGUAACUGUACAAGUCUUACAGCUCUUCAGCUUGAUAAGAACCAGUUAUCAGGUCCAAUUCCAUGGCAAAUUGGCAACUUGAAGUUCUUGCAAAGUUUCUUCUUGUGGGGUAAUUCGGUAUCAGGGACCAUACCGGCCUCUUUUGCAAACUGCACCGAAUUGUAUGCUCUUGACCUUUCGAGGAACAAGCUUACAGGUUCAAUACCAGAAGAGAUAUUCAGUUUACAGAAGCUAAGCAAGCUACUACUACUUGGGAAUUCAUUAUCAGGAGGGUUGCCUAGAAGUGUCUCGAAUUGCCAGUCUUUAGUCCGAUUGAGGCUUGGUGAAAACCAGCUUUCAGGUCAGAUUCCUACGGAGAUUAGCCAAUUGCAAAAUCUUGUGUUUCUUGAUUUAUACAUGAAUCUUUUCUCGGGUAAAUUGCCUUCAGAAAUUUCUAACAUCACAGUUCUUGAGCUGUUGGAUAUGCACAAUAACUACAUAACCGGUGAAAUACCGUCUCAGUUAGGAGAGCUUGUUAAUUUAGAGCAGCUUGAUCUCAGCAGAAAUCGCUUCACAGGUGAAAUUCCUCAGAGUUUUGGCAAUUUCAGUUACUUGAACAAACUUAUCCUCAACAAUAAUCUGCUUACUGGUUCAGUCCCAACAUCCAUUCGAUAUCUGCAGAAACUAACUCUUCUUGAUUUGAGUUUCAAUAGUCUCUCUGGUGCAAUUCCACCUGAGAUUGGCUAUGUGACUAGCUUAACCAUUAGUUUAGACUUGAGCUCGAAUGGGUUUACUGGUGAAAUCCCCGAGACUAUGUCUGGUUUGACUCAGUUACAAUCACUUGAUCUUUCACGUAAUAUGCUGCAUGGAAGAAUUACAGUUCUGAGUUUUCUUACCAGUCUCACAUCCUUGAAUGUCUCUCACAACAAUUUCUCAGGUCCUAUACCUGUGACACCAUUCUUCAGAACUCUAACUUCUAAUUCGUUCCUAGAGAAUCCAAAUCUUUGUGAAUCCAUUGAUGGGUCUACUUGUUCCUCAAAUCUGGCUCGAAGGAGGGGAUUAAAAUCUGCGAAAACUAUAGCAUUGAUCGCUCUGAUUCUGACAUUUGUAGCGAUGGCAAUUGUCCUUGCAUGGAUUCUUGUGACUCGAAACCAUAAGUACACAGUCGAGAAGUCCUCGGGCACAUCAACCUCUUUGUCAGGGGCAGAUGAUUUUUCUUAUCCAUGGAGUUUUAUUCCCUUCCGAAAGCUAAAUUUCACAAUGGACAACAUUUUGGAUUGCCUAAAAGAAGAAAAUGUGAUUGGGAAGGGCUGUUCUGGUGUGGUUUUCAAGGCAGAAAUGCCAAAUGGAGAGUUAGUUGCAGUGAAAAAGCUAUGGAAAACUACGAAAGAUGAAGAACCAGUAGACUCUUUUGCUGCAGAAAUUCAAAUUCUCGGACAUAUCAAACAUCGAAACAUAGUGAAGCUCUUGGGUUACUGUUCCAAUAAGAGUGUUAAGCUCCUUCUCUACAACUACAUUUCCAAUGGCAAUCUGCAACAGCUCUUGCAGAGUAACAGGAACUUGGACUGGGAAACCAGGUACAAGAUUGCAGUGGGGUCAGCUCAGGGUCUUGCAUAUCUUCAUCAUGAUUGUGUGCCGGCAAUUCUUCAUAGAGACGUGAAGUGCAAUAAUAUUCUCCUAGAUUCCAAGUUUGAGGCGUAUUUGGCAGACUUUGGACUUGCUAAGCUGAUGAACUCUCCAAAUUAUCACCACAAAGUGUCCAGAGUAGCAGGGUCUUAUGGAUAUAUUGCUCCAGAAUAUGGAUACACCAUGAACAUAACAGAGAAGAGCGAUGUCUACAGUUAUGGAGUGGUUCUGCUAGAGAUACUAAGUGGCCGAAGCGCUGUUGAGUCCCAGUUGGGCGAUGGGGUGCACAUUGUGGAGUGGGUGAAAAAGAAGAUGGGAAGCUUUGAACCAGCCGUAACAGUAAUUGAUUCAAAGCUCCAAGGAUUGCCGGAUCAGAUGGUGCAAGAAAUGCUUCAAACUCUAGGAAUUGCAAUGUUCUGUGUGAAUUCUUCACCGGCUGAACGGCCGACCAUGAAGGAAGUGGUGGCAUUGCUAAUGGAAGUGAAGAGUCCACCUGAAGAGUGGGGGAAAACUUCUCAACCUUUAAUAAAACAGCCCUCUAAUCAGAGCUGAUUCUUUUUUCUUUUUCUUCUUCUGAGGUUAUUAGUGAUCGAGUUUCUUUUAGAGUG